AUGGGCCGCAUUCGCACCAAGACUGUGAAGAAGGCAGCCCAGGUCAUCAUUGAGAAGUACUACAAGCGCCUGGGUAAUGACUUCCACACCAACAAGCAUGUGUGCGAGGAGAUCGCCAUUAUCCCCAGCAAGAAACUAAGGAACAAGAUAGCUGGCUAUGUCACGCAUCUGAUGAAGUGGAUUCAGAGAGGUCCUGUGAGAGCAUCUUCUGGGUAUAUGCCCAGGAGUGGUAUCUCUAUCAAGUUGCAGGAAGAAGAGAGAGAGAGGAGAGAUAAUUAUGUUCCUGAGGUCUCAGUCCUAGACCCGAAGUUCAUUGAGGUAGAUCCUGACACCAAGGAAAUGCUGAAGCAUCUGGACUUUGGCAGUCUCUCUAACCUUCAGGCCACUCAGCCUACGGUUGGGAUGAAUUUCAAAAUACCACGUGGAGCUGCUUAAUCUGUUAUGCCAUAUUUUCAAUAAACCUGAAAACAAGAAAAAAA